AUGGCUAAUGCCAACAAUUAUCCAUAUGUUGAUGCUUCUGCGCGCCCUUGCCAGGACUACGCAGACGAACAGGACCUAUUUGUCAAACCCGAAAAAUGUAAUUUUAAAGUAAAAGAAGUAAACUUCCUUGGUAUGAUAAUUGGCCAGAACAGACCUAGGAUGGACCCUGAGAAAGUCCAAGCUAUUUUGGAAUGGCUGAAACCUACUUGCUUUAAAGGAGUUAUACAGCAAGCAUAA